GUGACUGCUUGGAAAACAUUCUGGACGGUGUACCAACAUCUGAUGAAAUUAGUGGAUAAGCAAAUCAGCCAUGUCUUAUACUCUCGGAGUUGGUGGUGACCCUGCCCUGCUUGCCCAGCGCAUCUCUUCCAACAUCCAGAAGAUCACACAAUGUUCUGUGGAAAUACAAAGGAGUCUGAAUCAACUUGGAACACCUCAAGACUCACCUGAACUGAGGCAACAGCUGCAACAGAAGCAGCAGUACACUAACCAGCUUGCCAAAGAAACAGAUAAGUACAUUAAAGAGUUUGGAUCUCUGCCCACCACCCCCAGUGAACAGCGUCAAAGGAAGAUACAAAAGGAUCGCUUAGUGGCUGAAUUCACAACAUCACUGACCAAUUUUCAAACAGUCCAGAGGCAAGCUGCUGAGAAAGAGAAAGAGUUUGUUGCCCGAGUGAGGGCCAAUUCCAGAGUGUCUAGUGGUUUUCCUGAAGACAGUUCAAAGGAUAAGAAUUUUGUAUCUUGGGAAAGCCAACCACAAGUUCAAGUACAGGUGCAAGAUGAAGAAAUUACAGAGGAUGACCUCCGCCUUAUUCAUGAGAGAGAGUCUUCUAUUAGACAACUUGAAGCUGACAUUAUGGAUAUUAAUGAAAUAUUUAAAGAUUUGGGAAUGAUGAUUCAUGAACAAGGAGAUGUGAUAGACAGCAUAGAAGCCAAUGUAGAAAACGCAGAGGUACACGUUCAGCAAGCAAACCAGCAGCUGUCCAGGGCAGCAGAUUAUCAGCGCAAAUCCAGAAAAACCCUGUGCAUCAUCAUUUUUAUUGUUGUCAUUGGAAUCGUGAUUAUCGGUCUCAUCAUAUACGGAGUGAAAGGCUAACAAUGUGAAGACACACACUGUUGCAUUGCAUUGCCUAAGUUACGGAGGAAUAUUCUUGUAAUCAUGGUGUUUUUUUUUUAUUAUUAUUGUAAAACCAUUAAGUAAAGAAUGGUCUUCAUUCUUUGUUAUUUUUAUUUGGUGGGGGGGAGGGAUAGUUUUCUUUGGAUUGAAUCUGAUAUUUUCUAAUACUG